AUGGGUGUACCUCUGCCCUCGCACCCGAGCCUGAGCGAAGUCUUCACGGCUCUCGAGCAAGCAGUAACCAGCUUCCAGUCGACUCACCCCGACAACGACGACUUUGCGCGCACCUCGACUUACAAGCGCUUCUUCCCUCUCCUCCGAUCCGCAACUCCGCCCGUCUGGCCGGCGGUGCAACAGGUCUUGCACGCGCAGUUUGGCGAGACGAGUGCGAGUUGUCGAGCCGGAGUCGAGGCGGGCGAGAUGGGCGUUGGAUUGGUCGUCGACGUGUUGGCCAGGACGGAGGUUGGGGAGGACUCUAGCGCGGCGAUGGCGGCCAAGUUGUGGCUUGUCCAGCUCGAGUCGGCCGUCACUAAGGCAGAGCUCGACUUGCUCCGUCGACCGUCUGCUACGCCCGCAGCCGCCGCUUCACCCGCCUCGACCGCACCCGCAGCAGCCGCACAACUCCCCACCCCAUCCGAAACGGCUCAAGCGAACCCCUUUGCCGUUCCCGCACCGACUCCAACCCCCCCUGCGACUUCGACUCGCCCCCCUUUCGGCUCUUACAGCAACCCUUCUGGGUGGACUGCUACGCCGACGACUUGGACCGCGUCUAGCGCCAGAGAGCGUGCGAAGUCGCCCGUGUUCGCGCAGCAGGACCAGCACAUGGACGACCCGUGGAAGAGCGACGACUUCGGUGGGCCGUCUGCGUCUGGCGGAAACGACCCGCUCGACGAGAACGGGCGGUCGAGGUCGCGGUCGCAGGCUCCGCCGCGGGAGGAUACGCCGCCAAAGGUUGUGAAGGAGAAAACGCCUGCGCCUCGCGCUUCGGCCUCCGCUUCGACUAGCAGGCGCGAGACACCCGUGCGAUCGACUCGCGCUCAGUCUCCCAAGUACACUCUCACGAUCGGCAGCGAUAGCAGCGAGUUGGGUGAGGCGACGGAAUCGGAGGAGGACGAAGAUGAGGAAGAGGACGACGAGGACGACGACGAAGUUGACGACGACCUAUCGUACCACAGCGGCUCAGACGGAGGGCUCGAUGGCGCGUCAAGUCUUACAAAGGCGAAAACGCCGACGGAACAAGGCGGAGCAGGACCAUCGAGUGGGGCAGCUACGCCCGCCGUCGCAGCCGCGGCCGCACCGGCGAAACGGCCAGCACCCGUCGCCACGCCUGCCCCUGCCCCUGCAGCACAGCGCCCUAGGCUGGCGGCGCCGGCUGCCAACCACCAGGCAGGAGCAGCUCUGCAAGCGUCGGCACAGGCGACCUUCCUCGCCACCGUCUUCCGCCCCCUCGCCUUGCCCGACCUCUCUCCGCCUGCUGCCCUGACUACGCACUUGACUCUCAACCGCAUCUUCACCCGGCCACAAAUCGGCGGCCCUCAGAGGGAGAUUGUCAGCAAGGGUUGGACGAAACAACACCCGCAAUACCGCUCGUCAGCAAAUUUCCUUGCGCUCGACCCGACGCUCAACUUUUGCGGCAGGGAGAAGGACGACUACGGAGCGCUCGGCCAGCCGAUCGCCAUCCUCGCCCGAAAGGAUAAGUGCAAUGAGAUCCUCGGCGUCCUCAAGAAGAUGCCCGAGCGUGGGAAGACCCGUGCUGGCUCGCAGAUCUUCGUCCGGCGUGCGUCUGCUCAGUGGGCGUACUGCGGGUGGUACGAGCUUGCCUACGACGGCAGUAUGGAUGACACGGCUCUCCCGCUUCCGUCGGGACCUGGCGAGUUCAACCGCCUGCACCCGGACAUCCAGGCUGCCCUCAAGAAGCGCGGCACAGGCCAAGUUGGUCCGAAGACACAGCGCACCAUCCGUGACUGGGGCUUCACAGGACUGUUCAAGGAGGACAAGAUCGACCUUGACCGGAUCAAGGCGGAGCUCGCGUCCGGCCGGGGAGAUCGCAUGAUGCGCUUCAUCGUUCUGCGGUGCACGCGCUUCGAUCAGGAGGCAUUCAACGUCUGGAACGCGGCGAGGGAGUGA